GAAAUUAAAGGAGAAAACCUUGUGGGGCUCUAGACCAAAGAAGAAGAAGAGACAGAGAGAGUUGGCCGAUGGCGGCGAAGAUAGUGGCGGCUUUGGUGUGUAUGGUGGUGAUGCUACGGCUGAGUGAAGCGGCGGUGUACAAAGUCGGCGAGUCAGCAGGCUGGACAACCAUAGCCAACGUGGACUACAAGCUAUGGGCCUCUACCAAAACUUUCCACAUUGGUGAUACUGUCUUGUUCGAAUACAACCCACAAUUCCACAACGUGAUGAGAGUGACGCACUCAAUGUACAGAAGCUGCAACAGCUCAAAGCCAAUCUCCACAUUCACCACAGGGAACGACUCAAUCACACUCACAAACCACGGCCACCAUUUCUUCUUCUGCGGCGUUCCCGGCCAUUGCCUCGCCGGUCAGAAGCUCGACCUCAACGUCAUUCACCCCGCCUCCUCCACUCCACUCUCUGAUCCUCCGAUUUCCUCCUCCUCCACUUCUCCUCCGUCGACUCCUACCAUUCCUGCAGCCGGAGUCCCCGGUUCAUCUCCUAGCCAUGCCGCUUCUCUCCCGAGUGCGGCGGCAGCUGUGGUGGCUCUCUUUGUCUCUUUGGUCUUUGCAGAUUUUGCUUCUUAAUUAGGAUUAUUAUUAUAUAUACAUUGGAACUAUGUCAUAUAAGUUUUUUUGUUAUGUUGUUUUUUCUUUCUACCCUCUUAUUCUUUUUCUUUAGUUAAUGCAAAAUGUAGAG